AUGGGAAUUAAGAGGGAAACAAUAAGAGCAAGUCUCUACACUGUUCGUUGCUUGAUCGAAAAUAAUAAAAAAAACACACAAGAUAUUCGUUUUAUGGAGUUUCUUGCAAAAUCUACAACAUUUGAUGGUGUACAAAAUCUUGAUGUAACUGAAAAAGUGCAUUUUGAUGUUGCUAAUGGUUGGAGUUUGUCGGUUGUUAUCCUAUCAUGUUUGGGAAUGGCGAUUCUGGGGAUUGAUGCGGGCACCAUAGAUAAUCUUUUGAAAACGUCAAACAAGGUCUCGGCUAUGUUCAAAUUAUUGAAGAAAACCUUAACAAAGGAGUUUGUGGAUACUGUUUAUAGUCUGGAGAGUGAUAGUCUUGAGAGUGAGUUAGAUGUGUACAUUGACCACCGAAAUGAACCAAUUCUUGAUUGGGCUGAUAACAAGCUCUUAGCAGAUGGUAAAGGGUAUGAUUCGGAUGAGUUAGAUGAAGAGGAUGACAAGGAUUAUGAAGCUUCAAUGACAAUGGAAUAUGAACAUGAAUGGGAUGAUGAAGAGGAACAUACUUUUGAUAAAACCAUUGGAGACCCAUUCUUGGACAAACUUUCAGGGCAUAUUACUGAUGAUGAUGAAGAGGAAGCAAACAAUGGGAAGCUUAAGGAUGUUGUGUUCCCUGUUCAUAAUGAGAAUCAAGAAUGGGAGCAAAUGGUGCCAGUUUUGGGUAUGAAGUUUUCUAAUCCAUUGGAAUUGAAGUUGUAA